AUGGCAACGAUUGUUGAUCAAUCUCAAUUGUCAAUGACAUUUGAAGAAAAAAUACAUGCAACUAUUCUAUCUCAGCAAAAACGAACACUCAAUUUACCAGCUGUACAACGAAAACGGAAAAAAAUUUCCAUAGUACCUGUCGGCUUGUCGAGUACAAUAAAUGAUCAAAAUAUUGAAAAUAUCAUCAAAAAUCUUGACAAUUAUCUAUUUGAUGGUGUGAUGCUACUUGUCUGGUGUAAACGAACUACAUUUUAUAAUAGUGAAUUCAAGAAUGAUGAUCAGAGCAAUAAAACAUCGCCAUUCUUUCGACAAUGGAUAUUAUUGUAUUUGAAAAAGCCUGAUCAAGUACUUUCAACACAUUUAAAUACAAUUCCAAAAUAUGGUGGUUGGGGAGAUCUAAAGGCACUGUAUUCAUGUGCAGAUCACAUGAAAAAUCGAUUUCCAAUCGAAUUAAAAUUGCUUGAGAAUCUUCAGUCAUUAUCCAAUAUCACUGUUAAUAACGAUGAACAAUCUACUGAUUGGAAAGGUUAUGCAUAUGAAAAUUAUAGAUCUCUUAUCUCAACAAUUUGUCAAAUGUUAGAAAAGAAAACAUCUAUUGAAAAGCAAACGAAAUUAAUGGAUCGACCAUUAUUCUGUACAAGAAAAAAGCGAGAAGAAUUGUUAGCUGCUCGACCCUCGUCACGUAUUACAAAUCCCGAACCACAACCCGGUGUUCCAUGUACUUUGAAAGAUCUGGAACCAUUAUUAGAACAUUUGUCAUCAAAUAAACCUGGACCUUCAGAUGAUAAUCAACCUAUCGUUUUUCCACGUGGAACUAUCAUGUCAGGUGGACGAUUAGAUUUAUGUAAACAAGUUGUAGGUCCACAAGGUGUUCAACCUUUACUUGACGCUAUGAAGCAUAGCGCAUUUGUUACUAGAUUAUUACUUGGAAAUAAUAUUGUAGGACUACCAGGUGCUCAAGCUAUCUCUGAAUACAUUCGUUCUAAUUCUUAUUCAAAUAUAGAUACAUGGUACAUCGCCUGUAACAAAUUUGAUAGCGAAUGUAUAUCAAUGAUAUGUGAUGCAUUAGCUACCGAUACCAAAGUCAAAGCACUUUGGUUAAAACGAAACCCGAUUCUAGCUGACGGAGCGGUUCAUCUUGGUCGAAUGUUAACAACUAACAAUUAUUUACAAAUAUUAGAUUUAUAUAAUACCGGUUUAUUUGAUCGAGGUUGUGAAAUAUUAUUUAACGCAUUGAAAAAUAACUCUAGCUUAAAACAUCUAUAUAUGGAUAGUAAUGGUCUUACCGCUAAGAGUGGACAAAUAUUACGUUUACAUUUUGAACAAAAAUACAAUCAUUUAGAAACAUUGUUUCUAUCGUGCAAUUCCUUAGGUGAUGCAGGUACACAAGAAUUAGCAGUAGGAUUAAAACAUGAUCAAUGUUUGAAAAGCCUUAGCCUAUCAUCAAAUUGUCUUGGUUUUGAUGGUAUAAAAGUUUUGGUUGAUAAUCUUAUUAGUAAUACGACAUUGCAACAAUUAGACCUUGGCUAUAUGAAAUCAACUACUUUGUAUGAGGGUCUGAAUAAUAUUAUUAAAGAUGAUAGUGCUGCAGAAAUUAGUAGAUUACUACAAUUCAAUCAUUAUAUUCGUUCGAUUGAUUUGACAAUGAACAGUAUUUCGGAACAAGGACUAUUACAAUUAAGAGAUGCUCUAAAAGGAAAUCAAACAUUGACAACGUUAAAAGGAUUAACAUUCAAACGAGUACGCAAUAAAAUACUCAAACAAGAUAUAAAAACUAUGAUUGAACGUAAUCAAAUUGAAUGGGGUAAACAAGUGCUUAAUGCUAAUGCUGAUAAUACAACACACCUAUGUGAUUCUGACUAUUUAAAACAAGGACAACAACUCAAUAAUAAUAUUAAUUUUCCUGAACAUAUAAUAGAAAUUAUUAGUCAUUACAGAGUACAAUAA